AUGGAGCGCAUCCGACACACUCCGGCAAUGCUGGCGCGCGAAGCAGGCUACGAAGGCGAAGCCGGCUUCGGAAGAUGGAUCAUACCGCUUCUGAGAGACGAACUACACGACACACCGGCAGACGACGGAGACGAAAGUCGAUUGAAACUCGCGAAGCAGCUAGUCAGGGCUGACAAAGCAUACAUGCCUUCGAACAGCUACCCAGGCUUGAUCAAGUUUGCAAACCCGGACAUGAAUGAGAUUUUGAUGGAGUAUACUAGUCAGAUUCUCAUUGAAUUCAAUGAGCUGUACCCUUCAUACCGACCGAACAAGCCGGACUUCCAGGCUGCCGACUUCUACUGGGUAUACCAGGCGCUCGCGAAGGCACGCAUGGACAUUGAAUAUCGCCUGGUUCGGCCUUUCAUGGUUGUCUUCCACCAGCAUGGACGCCGGCGGUUCGGCAAACAACUCAACUAUUCUAUGUUCAGCGAGAAGGAGCUCGAGGACUUGGUCAAGGACAGCUACAACGCUGCGGAAGAGAUCUGCGGUCGACCUGACGCCUAG